AGAAAACAAUCUUGAGUUUUUUAUUUUGGUUUAGGGUUUUAUUUUCCGUUGCAAUUGAAGCAUUUUUCAUUCUGAUCAUCUUAUCAAAUGACUCCACCAAAUAGUUCCAUUCUCUCUUCUUCCUUCCUCAGAGAAGUUUACUUGUAUGAUUGGUGGUUGAUGAAAGUUGAAACUGGUGAUGGAAGCAAGCAAUUGGGUGUUGGAGGUUUAACUGCUAAAGAGAGACAAGAUGAAAGAGUUUUCCACUCCGCAGCAAUUGCGAAGAGGCAUGAUUCAGUCACUUUUGUGACAGUGGAUGGCAUCACCAUUCUUGUUGGCGGUUUCAUUAAUAGGGGUCGAACUCUUCAAAAUGGCUUCUCGUCAGAGGUAUUGAAGUUAAUUUAGUUCUGAACUCAUAU